AUGGCGACUGUCUCUGACAUUACCACCUGGUCAAACUCCCAAAAUGGCUCUUUCCUACUGGUUGUGAUAUCGAAUCGAGAGCCUCCUUUUGAUAGGAGGUUGGAAAGGUCAAACGACCAGAUGUCACAGUAUGCGCCCACGGGUUGGGAUCUUCAAGAACUCUUAACAAUUGAUAGUUUGAUUGCACGCACUGCGACUCCUAUGCUCACCCAGAACACAAAUUUCUGGUAA